UUUCGCGGUCGAGGAUCCCAACCUCGACCUCUAUAAGUUCGAUGGCAAUGUCACGGUCGCCGCGGACGAGAAAUUGCCACUAACCAACACUGAAGUUCUCUAUCGCGGUAGCAUCAUGCGCAACACGGAAAGGGCGAUCGGCAUGGUCAUCUACACAGGAGAGGAGUGCAAAAUUCGCAUGAACGCGAACAAGAACCCUCGGAUCAAGUCUCCAUCGCUCCAGGCAAAAGUCAAUCGGGUGGUCAUGUUGAUCGUGACGCUCGUUGUAGUUCUGGCUGUAGCGUGCACAAUCGCUUACAAGUAUUGGUCCGACGACGUUGAAUCGAAAUCAUGGUACCUUUAUAAAGCGAGCGUGGACAUCGGACCUAUCUUCACCUCCUUCCUCAUUAUGUUCAACACGAUGAUCCCUAUCUCAUUAUACGUGAGUAUGGAAAUCGUCAAAGUUGCUCAAAUGCUUCUUUUGAAUACCGACAUCGACAUGUAUGAUCCGGAAACAGACACCCCAGUUGAAGCACGCACAUCGACCAUCAACGAAGAGCUGGGUCAAGUCAGUUACAUUUUCUCUGAUAAGACAGGCACAUUGACGAACAACUCGAUGCGCUUUCGCAAGAUGAGUGUUGCUGGCACCGCGUGGUAUCAUGACCUUGACCUUCUUCAAGAAGCAGCAAAGGACGGUGAUCAUACCAAACUGAUCCACAAAAAGCGCAGUGCCAAAGGAAAGAAGGCACUCAGUCGCAAGUCCAAUGUUUCCGAGGCUAGGAGACAUCCACCAAGAUCCUCUAUGUCAACAGCAACCGGGCUGCAGGGACUUGGUAUCUCUAUGCGCAAUCAUCGGACCACAGACAUGCUUCGAUAUAUCCAGCGUAAGCCCUAUACAGUCUUUGCGCGGAAGGCUAAGAUGUUUAUACUGGCCAUGGCAUUGUGCCAUACAUGUAUCCCGGAGGAUGACGACGAAGGUAACGUUUCCUUCCAAGCGGCUUCUCCUGAUGAGCUAGCGCUGGUCAUGGCUGCACAGGAGCUUGGAUAUCUUGUUCGUGACCGGCAACCGAAAACCUUAACAAUCCGCACCUACCCCAACGGCCUCGACGGGCCCGCAUGUGACGAGGUCUAUGAGAUCAUGGAUAUCAUCGAAUUCUCCAGCGCCCGAAAACGCAUGUCGGUUGUGGUUCGAAUGCCUGACCAACGCAUCUGCUUGUUUUGCAAGGGAGCCGAUAGCCAUGUCAUGCGCUUGCUCAAGCGUGCCGCCCUCGCGCAAGAGAAAGCAGUGGAGAUUGAGAGGCGCGCCAGCAAGCGUAAGGCCGCCGAGGCUGAUCAGGUUAUACGGCGCAACAGCGAAUAUCAUAGCCGCAAGGAUAGCGGUCUCCGGACCAGCUUCAGCCGGCCAAGCAUGUCGAGACGACGGUCAAGCGUGACUGGAGAACCUGUUUCGGCGCUGCGGGAGAGUAUUGAUGUUUGGCUCCGCGAUCGGGAAACUGACGGUGGUCUCCUGACGCGUGGCAACGACCCUGAGUACUACAGCCCCCGACCAUCUGCCCAGUUGGGACGAGCAUCUAGUACGUUAUCGGAUUCGGGAAGCUCUGUGCAUGAUAACGAGGAAGAAGACUUGGUUGAGGAAGCUCUUGUUGUGAACGAGACCGCUGUCUUCGAAAGAUGUUUCCAGCAUCUCAACGACUUCGCUACCGAAGGACUUCGGACGCUUCUGUACGGUCACCGGUUUCUUGAUGAAGAUACGUACACGAGCUGGAAAAAGGCUUAUCUUGAAGCCUGUACCAGCCUUGUUGACCGUCAGGAGAAGAUCGAGAUGGUUGGCGAACAGAUAGAGGAUCAACUUGAGCUUACAGGUGCUACAGCCAUCGAAGAUAAGCUUCAGAAGGGCGUUCCCGGGGCUAUCGACAAACUGCGUCGAGCCAACAUCAAGUUGUGGAUGCUUACUGGUGAUAAGCGUGAGACGGCGAUCAAUGUUGGACACUCAUGUCGCCUUGUGAAAGACUAUUCUUCUUUGGUGAUCCUGGAUCACGAGACAGGGGAGGUCGAGCGUUCGAUUGUCAAAUUCACCGCCGACAUCACCAAAGGCACCGUGGCUCACUCGGUGGUGGUCGUGGAUGGGCAGACCCUCUCGAUGAUUGAAGCCGACAAGACUCUGGAAGCGCAAUUCUUCCGACUGGCCAUCAUCGUCGAUUCAGUGAUCUGUUGCCGUGCCAGCCCUAAGCAAAAAGCAUUCUUGGUCAAGUCGAUUCGGAAGCAAGUCAAAGACAGCGUGACGCUGGCCAUCGGCGACGGUGCCAACGACAUCGCCAUGAUCCAGGAAGCCCAUGUUGGCAUUGGCAUCACUGGCAAGGAAGGGCUCCAAGCCGCUCGUAUAUCCGACUAUUCGAUUGCGCAGUUCCGGUUCCUCCUCAAGCUCCUCCUUGUCCACGGCCGUUGGAACUAUAUCCGCGUGUGCAAGUACACCCUGGGCACUUUCUGGAAGGAAAUGCUUUUCUAUCUCACACAAGCCCUCUACCAGCGCUGGAACGGCUAUACAGGUACUAGUCUUUACGAGUCCUGGAGUCUGAGCAUGUUCAAUACUCUCUUCACGUCACUUGCAGUCAUCUUCUUGGGCAUUUUUACUAAGGAUCUCUCCGCCUCCACCCUCCUCGCCGUGCCAGAACUCUACACCAAAGGUCAACGCCACGGAGGGUUCAACAUUCGAUUAUAUAUCGGCUGGACUUUCAUGGCUACCUGUGAAGCCAUGAUCAUCUACUUCCUUAUGUUCAGUCUCUUCGAGAAAGUCAUGUUUACCCAUACUGGAAGCGACAUCUUCUCCGCCGGUCUCCUCACCUUUACCGCCUGCGUCAUUGUGAUCAAUACGAAACUUCAAGCGCUUGAAGUACACAACAAAACCUACAUGUCUCUGGCGGUCUGGAUCAUUUCCGUCGGCGGUUGGUUCUUGUGGAACCUGAUCCUUGACGUGCGCUAUAACCCCUCCUCCGGCGACGGCAUCUACCAUGUUCUCGGAAAUUUCGUCAACGUUUCGGGACACGACCUAGCUUUCUGGGCCGUGUUGCUCGUGACGGUCGUGAGCGUGGUGGCCUUUGAAAUGACCGUCUCCGCCCUGCGGGCCUUGUUCUUCCCUACAGACGUCGACGUCUUCCAGGAAUACGAGCAGGACCUGGACAUCCGUAUGCGGUUCGAAGAAGCCGCGGCCUCGGAACUCCAACAGGGCUGGGACCACGGCAAGAAGAAAUCCAGCUUCGAACUGGCACGGGAGGAGGAGGAGAUGGAAGCCAAGGAGCGACAAGUCCGGGAGUUGCUGGCUCGGCCGCGAGUCAUGGUCUCACCCGCCGCGAAGACCGAUGAUGGUCCGGUCGCGACAGAGAUGGAGUUGAAAGAAGGCUACCAGCAGCAUCCCCACGAGAGUGAUGAUGAUGGACCAGAAGACGAAGAGAUCGAGAACGCAGGCGGGGGCACCAAGACCCCGCGCCGCUCGGUCGAGAUCCACGAAUUAUUCUCCGAAGGCUACGGCGCAAUCCGGAAGGGCCAGUUGAAGUAGACGAAGAACCUCACCCCCACAACCUGAAGACAAAAAGAAAAGAAAAUCAAACGCAGAAGAAGCCAGUACGGACAAUAUGCCCCCCCAAUUUCAUGAUUUUCUGCUUUUUACAAGCGUGUGUCACAUCAUCAUCAUCAUGGCGUUUUGCAAGAAAUGGAUACCCCCACACCUUACUUAGUUAGCCUUCGCUUGUUGUUUCAAUCCACUCACUACCUUAUUCCUGGUCUGUUUUUGGUUUGCUUGCUUGAUGCCGUUUUCUCUGUGUAUACAUUCUCUCGCUCCGUCGUGGCUUACCCAUAUACCACCACGCCAUUUGUGAAGCAUUAGUGAUUCUGCAUGGGGAGGCUGCUUCCGGUGUUUGAUAGAUAUAGAGAG